CCGAGCCCCGGAUGGAAGGACGCUCUACCCGCCCCCCCUCGGCGCGUAAGGAGCGGAGCAGGCGCCUCGCGGCUUGGCGGCAGCUAAGAAGAGUCCCAGUGGACAAAUAGCCCCUGAGGCAGCCGCUGGUUCAGAAGAACUCUUGGUGGAUUCUGCUUCCUCCUGGCAAUCCUGCCCACCAUGUCCUCCAAGAAGCUGGUGAAUUCUGUGACAGGCUGUGCCGAUGAUGCCCUGGCCGGGCUGGUGGCCUGUAACCCUGACCUCCAGAUUCUACAAGGACACCGAGUGGCCCUGCGCUCUGAUCUGGAGAGCCUGAAGGGACGGGUGGCCCUGCUGUCGGGCGGGGGCUCUGGCCAUGAGCCUGCCCAUGCGGGUUUUAUAGGCAAAGGGAUGCUGACCGGGGUCAUCGCUGGUGCGGUGUUCACGUCCCCCGCGGUUGGCAGCAUCCUGGCUGCGAUACGGGCAGUGGCUCAGGCUGGCACAGCGGGGACGCUGCUCAUCGUGAAGAAUUAUACCGGUGAUCGACUCAACUUCGGGCUGGCCCGGGAGCAGGCCCGGGCGGAGGGCAUCCCAGUGGAGAUGGUUGUCAUCGGCGAUGACAGCGCCUUUACCAGCCUGAAGAAGGCGGGCAGGCGGGGCCUCUGUGGCACAGUGCUCAUCCACAAGGUGGCGGGUGCUCUGGCAGAGGCGGGUGUGGGGCUCGACGACAUUGUUCACAGAGUGAGCGCAGCUGCUGCCGUCAUGGGCACCCUGGGGGCGAGCUUGUCCUCCUGCAGCGUUCCAGGCUCCAAACCUACCUUCCAGCUUCCUGUUGAUGAAAUGGAGCUGGGCUUGGGGAUCCACGGGGAGGCUGGCGUACGUCGGCUGAAGAUGGCCACGGCGGAUGAGGUAGUGAAGACAAUGAUUGACCACAUGACCGACCCUUCCAGCGAGUCCCAUGUGCCGGUCAGGCCUGGCUCUUUGGUGGUGCUGGUCGUCAAUAAUCUGGGAGGCCUGUCCUUCUUGGAGCUGGGCAUCAUGGCUGACGCAGCAGUCCGCUGCCUCGAGGCCCGUGGUGUGAAGAUUGCCCGGGCCCUGGUGGGCACCUUCAUGUCAGCACUGGAAAUGGCUGGCAUCUCCCUGACCCUCCUGCUGGUAGAUGAUGCCCUCCUUAAACUGAUAGAUGCCAAAACCACAGCUUCGGCCUGGCCCAACGUAGCCAGAGUGCCUGUGACGGGUCGCACCCGGAGCCGGGCAGCCCCCACCGAGAAGCCAGAGGGCACCGAGCCGACGGCGACAGGAGGUGCUAGCUCCCAGAGGGCAGCUGCCAUCCUGCAGCGAGUGUGUGCCACCCUCCUUGGCCUGGAGGAGCACCUGAAUGCUCUGGACCGAGCUGCUGGAGACGGCGAUUGUGGCACCACGCAUAGCCGAGCUGCCAGAGCAAUACAGGAAUGGCUGAAGGAGGGCCCACCCCCCAGCCGCCCUGACCAGCUACUCUCUGGCUUGUCCCGGCUCCUGCUGGAGAAGAUGGGAGGUUCAUCAGGGGCGCUCUAUGGCCUGUUCCUGACUGCGGCUGCCCAGCCCCUCAAGGCCACGCCUGGCCUCCCCGCCUGGACUGCUGCCAUGGACGCUGGCCUAGAGGCCAUGCAGCGGUAUGGCAAAGCUGCUCCUGGGGACAGGACCAUGCUGGAUUCGCUAUGGGCCGCAGGCCAGGAACUCCACGCCCUGAAGACCCCGGGGGCCGACGUGCUGCAGGUGCUGAGCAAAGCGGUCAAGAGCGCAGAGGCCGCGGCUGAAGCCACCAAAAAGAUGGAAGCUGGAGCUGGGCGAGCCAGUUACAUCAGCUCGGCCAAACUGGAGCAGCCGGACCCCGGGGCCGUGGCAGCCGCCGCCGUACUCCGGGCCAUCCUGGAGACGUUACAGAGCCAGAGCGCGUGACUCCAGUCCUGUCCCCAUCCCUGACCGCUGCUGUGCAGCUGCUCAGGGCCACGUGUCCUCAUCUCCGCCUCUGCGUGGCAUCUGGUACAUUGCUCCUAGUUUCCCAGUGUAGGGAUGGCGCCCGAAGGGACAUCCCUCCUCUGUCUAGCCUGAGGUAGCCUCACCUUUUUUGUGAAAAGGAUCCCUUUGCACAAUCAUGUUUUAAAUGCACAAAAUAAUUAGAUCGGAGAGGAAAUCAAUUAUAUUGCAAUAUAAGUGUCAAAAUAAUAAUUUUCCCCAAAUCCCAAAUUUCUAGACUUCAUGUUAAGAACUGUUCUCGAAGGCACCGUCCCCUCCAAUCAUCCAGGAAGCCCUGAUUUUAACACCCAGAACCAGGCAGACUGUCUCAGGCCAAGGAAAGGCUGGCUUUGGAGCUGUGAACGCUUCCUCAGCCCUGGUCCUUUUGGCCUUGCCACAAAAGUCCGUGUUGGUUCCGGGCCUGACCGGUUCUGCUCCCCAUCAUUCCCUCUCCUUCCAGGGAGGGCGGAGUUGAGUCUGGCAGGAUCCCAACCCCUCCAGAUGGUCAGCCGUAUGCCUCCGUGAUAAAGAUUUUUCCUGUACCUGUCAGGGUGAAUGUGUUUUUAAGAAUCUUUCUUUGUAAGCCUUUUUGUCAAUAAACAGGCAGAGGGCUAACCCCAAUAAAUCAUGUCAAGCUGCAGUAAA